GGUACCGGAUGCGUAUCGGGUCCAGCACGGAGAAGAAGGACUCAGGGAGGAUCCAUGUGGACUUCGCUCAGGCGCGGGAUGAUCUGUAUGAGUGGGAGUGUCAGCAGCGCCUCCUGGCCCGUGAGCAGCGACACCUCCGAUUUGUCCACGAGGAAAGACUCCUCCCCCCCUCUCCUCCUCCCAUAGUGCACUUCUCCGAACACGAGGCGGCCAUGUUGGCAGAGAGACUGAAAGCAGACGACCAGACCUUCGGCGAGGCCACGGCGGUGCUCUUCACCUGGAUCGACCGCGGAGAGGUGAACCGCCGCACCGCCAACAACUUCUACUCCAUGAUCCAGUCGGCCAACAGCCACGUGCGCCGGCUGAUGAGCGAGAAGGCUCAGCACGAGGAGGAGAUGGAGCGCGCCAAGGAGGCGUUCAAGAGCGCCCUGGUGGCCAUCCUCAGCCAGUUCGAGCAGAUCACAGGCGUUUUCACCGCCGCCACGAGGCAAAAGGCAUGGGACCAUUUCUCAAAAGCUCAGCGCAAGAACAUAGACAUUUGGCACAAGCAGUGUGAGGAGCUGAGGAGCGCUCACAGCGAGGAGAUCACGGGCAUCCGGAGGGAGGAGGAGAUGGAGAUGUCUGAGGACGACUCGGAGGAGAGUCCCUGCAAGAGGCUGCGCAGCGACCUCAACGGAGUGUGUGACCCCCCCUCGAUGAAGGAGGAGAACGACUCCUUGCGGUGGCAGCUUGACGCCUACAGGAACGAGGUGGAGCUGCUGAGGAACGAACACACGCUUGCACACACACACACGCCUGCACACACACACCCUCACACACACAGCGCUGAGGCUCAGAUCCAGCUGCUGCAGCAGAACAUGCUCUCCAUGCAGCAGCAACUGCUGGUCCUUCAGGAGAAGCUGUCGAGCAAAGAGGCCGAGCUGCAGGAGGCGAGAGAGGAGAGGAGAGAGGAGAGGAGCAGCCUGCAGGGGGAG